AUGCCUGGCGGCUCGGAGCCCGUGAGUUUUGAAGAUGUGGCCGUGUAUUUUACAGAAGGGGAGUGGGCCCUGCUGGAUCCAGAGCAAAGAGCCCUCUAUGAGGAGGUCAUGCAGGAGAACUACAGCGCCAUGGCCUCCCUUGCCAGAAAUGCAGGAUAUCCAGUUCCAAAGCCAUACCUGAUCUUCCACCUCGAAGGAGGGGAGGUGAUUAGGCUACCUGAUCCGCCAGAGAUUGCCGAGAGGCAGGAGGCUUCAGUCUCCAGCUCAGGUGCUGAGCAGGUCAAAGAGAAGGAGAAAUCUCUGCCAGCAGAAAAUGCUCCACCGAGGGUGCACACAGAAGAAAAACCCUAUAAAUGUUCCGAUUGUGGGAAAAGUUUUAAAACGGCUUCAUAUUUCAAAGGUCACAAAAAGGUCCACACAGGAGAGAAAGUGUUCAACUGUCUAGAAUGUGGGAAAGGAUUUAUAACAAAACCUAAACUUAUUCGACAUGAGAGAAUCCACACCGGAGAGAAACCAUACUCUUGUUCAGAGUGCGAGAAGAGCUUCAGCGUAAAAUCAAGCCUCCUUCAACAUAUGAGAAUGCACACCGGAGAGAAACCGUACAAAUGUUCACUCUGCGGGAAGAGCUUCAGCGUAAAAUCAAGCCUUGCUGUGCAUGAGAAAUUCCACCCAGGAAAGGAAUCCCAUCAGUGUUCAGAGUGUGGGAAAAGCUUCAACAAUCCUUUACGCUUCCUGAAACAUCAGAAGAUCCACACAGGUGAAACUCCCUAUAAAUGCUUGGAGUGUGGGAAAAGCUUUGCCUCAAAGCGCAGUCAAGAGCAACAUCAAAGAAUCCACACAGGAGAGAAACCAUACCAGUGUCUGGACUGUGGGAAGAGAUUCAGUUAUCAAUCAAACCUGCAGGUACAUAAAAAAAGACACACUGGAGAGAAACCCUUUAAAUGUAUGGAGUGCGGCAAAGGCUAUAUUACUAGUUCAGGCCUCAUAUACCACCAUAAAAUCCACACAGGAAAUAAACAAUCUGAAUGCUCAGAUGAGGGGGAAGGUUCCAGAAAGAGGACUGAUCUGCCCCAAUGUAAAUCCGGCACUUUUAAAGGACGUGGAAAAGGAGUCUUGGUCCGGCGCACGGAGGCGGCUGCAGUUUCCCAGACACCGAAUGGAAGCGGCUUGUCGAGAGUUGUUGUUGCUCCUGAGAUGCGGGUCUUGCGGAUCCAGUAA